AUGGCUCAUCAUCACGGUCAAAGUCCUGCGCGACACGCAAAUCCUCAUCGCCCUCCUCGCGACAGUCUUCCUGCUGCCGCUCCAGCUGCUGAGACGACGCGACAGCCUGUUGUUGGCGCUCCUGCUGCCCGUCACGUCCAGACAGGAUCUGACAAGCUGACUCCCGAAUUGAUCGCCGAAUGCGAGCGCGUUGUGUCAAAGACAUUCCCGGCUUGCGUCGCGUUUCACAAACCAUCCUUUGUCCAACAGUUAAAGAGCGCAUCGCUGGACGCUGCCUUGGUCUAUGGUCUUUUGACUUGUGCAGCCCGGAGUUCACCCAGUCUUAUUCGUCGCUAUGGAGGACCGACACAGGCUGCGGAGACAUUCGCUGCCAAAGCAAUGACUCUUAUAAACCAAAACCUAGACCAUCCCAAUCUCGUUGAUAUUCAAGCAUUGUGCUUGAUCAUUAUUCACGAAUGGGGCUCACGUAAUGCCGUCAGAGCUUAUAUCUACUUGGGUCAGGCGGCGCGCAUGGUUCAGAUGUAUCGCAUUUUGAACAGCCAUCACGCAUCUCCAGACGCCGACGUCUUCCUGCGAGACGAGUCCCUUCGCCGCACAGUCUGGCUAAUCUAUAUCCUGGAUUGCCUUCUUACAAGUACACCAGGACGAUAUCCUGCACUGUCCCCUCAUGAUACUGCAGACGUCUCUUUGCCUUGCUCUGAUAUCAACUUUGCAUUUGGCAAUGCUGUGUUUGUCAAGACUCUACGCCAGCAGCUCGACCCUACCGCCGUUCCACCUGGUCAGCCUCCGUCCGAGAUCGGCGAAUUCGGCUACAUUGUCCUGGCUUCAACGAUUUGGCGUGACGUUGUGUCUAUGCUUACAACCACAACACUCGCAAGCUUCCGCGAGGAGGAUUGCAACGAUCUAAUUGCCAAGAUUGAGGGCCUUCGAGCUACCCUGCCCAUGCAAUUCGUGGACAAGCCGGGUCAGAUCAACCUUCACAUGACAAUGGGCUCCGGCUAUACUUUUGCCAUGCUCCACUGCCUGCUCCAUUGCGCUACCGUCUUUGUGCAUCGAAGACGUUUGUUGCAGGAGGUGACAUCGCCUAACUUCAAUCUCGAGUCGUUCCGUCUCAACGCUCGAUGCCACGAUAUCAUUGAUCGCCUCUUCACAUCUUGCCACGGCACAAUCUCGCUGCUCACUGCAGUCGAGGCUGGCUCUGAAAAGGAUCAUUCGCCCUGUUUCCCGAUCUUUAUGCUCUUCUCUGCUUUUACCGCCAGUGCUACUGUCGCUUACCUCUCUCUUAAAGGCUUGACACCCCCCAAUGCUGUCGAGACAGCUGCGCACAUUGUCAAGGAUGGUCUGCGUUUCAUGAGUGAUGGGACCGAGAACUGGCCUCUCAUGGGCAGUUGGCUGCGACACCUCACCGUUAUGCAACGCGUACUGAACAACGAUGCCGCGGCUGCUAAUGGCAGCACUUCCCUGCGCCAUGGCUCCACGUCUCACGGUGCAAGUGGCAUGAAGGACGAGAUCUCAUCUAACGCUGAUACAAACCCCGACGCGAUGGAUUACGACCAGUCGAACCACACAGGCAGCGUUUCAGGCCAGGGUCCUAACCGAUCCCUUUCGGAGUCAGUCCGUGGCGAUAGUGAGCCUCCUGUUGUACUCGCAAGGCGACCUGGCAUCGCGACGAUCAACGGCGGUUCGGGAGGGGUAUCGACUCCAACAACCUCGCCCCCUCCAUCAAACGCUUCUCACGGUGCCAGCGCCGUCCCUGAUAUCAAGCAGCCCAGCCCGGAAAUGGCGAACGGAAUUGUGCCUGCGCAGGAUGGCCAGACUACGAGUCAGGACAUGACGGCGCCCGAGUUGUGUCAGGCCUUUGAACGACAACUUCUCGAUCUCGACGACCUGGCCGCCUUCAUGGGUGGGGGCGUUUAG